AUGUCUCUGAACCUGGAGAAGCAGCUGCGCUUCGUCAAUGUGGGGAUACAUGUUCUCUGUGUGCCUCCGAUUCUGUUGACGGCAUUCUUGCUCCUCACCAACACUCCCGCCGUUCCGCUGCCCUCAUGGCUGUCGAUACCUAACCUUCCCCUCAACGUCGGCACAUUCGGCGCGGUGCUAUACUCGACCCUGUACAUUCUCAUGGAACCGGUCGCAGGAGCACUCCUCGCGCCCAUCCUCAUCGGCGCUACCGCUUACGGCAACCAUCUUACGUCGACCUACGGAGCCACGGCGAACUACUGGGCAGGUGGAAUCAACGUUGCAUGCUGGAUCGCGCAGUUCAUUGGACACGGCAAGUUCGAGGGUAGGGCCCCUGCGCUGCUCGACAAUUUGGUGCAGGCGCUCUUCCUGGCGCCGUUCUUCGUCUGGUUCGAGAUCCUGUUCUCGCUCGGUUACCGCCCAGAGCUGAAGAGCCGCAUCGAUAAGGCGGUUGAGGAGGACAUCCAGAAGUUCAGAAAGAGCAAGGGACAGAACGGCAAGGUUCACUGAGCCAUGCGGACGACCAUGGUGGCACAUCACACUAGCAAAAGAAGGCUAGGGCAGAUUGUUGGGAGAAGCGAAAUAGAGUUGGAGGAAACGGCGGAUAGGUGAAGCUGGGGCAGUUUUGGGGGGACAAGAGCAGAGAACACAGCAUUGCGUGGGAGUAAGGUGUACCGGCGUCCAGGUACAUGCAUGUAAUGGCGGCAUGGAAAGCUGCUCGGUGAGCUUGUUGAGGACACAGCAUAUUGCAGCGAUCAAUCUAGCGUUCUACAUUUUGCAAUUGCCAGCGCGUGGGUCUGAAGCAUCGUGCUAAACUGUAAAGGGAACGACUGUCAACUAUGUAACAGCAGAAUACCGAUC